AUGUCAUAAACUUUGAAUAAAUUAGGAAUCGAAUAUAAAGAAAUCUCUUAAAUCUAGGUUGAAGAAGCAAAGCAAUCUUUAAAAUAGAUGAGGCUAGAAUAGGUUUUGAUUGGAGAGUGUGAAAAUUUUGGUUGGCAAAAUCUGAUAAACAGACAUGAUUUAAUUACAAUUAAAAGCCUAGAGAAAUCAUAAAAAGAUUAGAAGAAAGCAUUAAAUUAGACUUUAUUCAUAUUUAGCAAUAAGAAUCCGAUUAGGAGGGGAAUAACAAAACUCAUUCGAAAUUAGUAAGAUUAUUUCGAAUAAAUUUAGAAAUUACACUUACUUUAUAACUCUCAUAGCUGCGAUAUGUCUGGUACCUUAUUGCAUAAAUGAGAAAAGACUAGCAAUAAGUAUUGAAGUAGUUUGCAAUAUUAUAUUUGGAUUUGAUAUUCUUUUAUUCAUAAUAGCCUAUGGAGUAAUUUUGGAUAAGAAAAGUUAUCUAAGAGAUUGUUGGAAUAUUGCAAAUGUUUUGGCCUUCAUUUUUACUUGGUUUAUAUUUUUGGAGGAUAAUAAAGUCAAUGAUGUUAUAAAAACGAUUCGACUUUUGAGAUUAUUUAGAUUGAUUUAAGAAAUCCCUCUUCUAAGGAUCUAAUUUACAGCUUACGUGAGUAGUUUCUUGAAACUAAAAUAAGUUCUCAUACCAAUAUUUUUGGUGAUGAUUUACUUUGCAAUAAUUGGAUUGCAUUUAUUUAUAGGAUUGACAGAAAGAAGAUGCCGCAUAACACCAGAACCAGUUGAUGGAGUUUGGCUAGCUGAUGAUGAAGUCUUGAAACUUUGUGGAAUAUGGGAAUGCCCAGAAGAUCUUUAUUGUGGAAGCCCGGUAGAUUAUGGACUUCCAAAAAAUGUUACUGAAAAUGAUGUAGGGGAAUUUAAUUGGGACUUUAUCAGAUUUGAUGACUUUUUUCAUUCAUUAUUAGUAGUCUUUACAUUUUUAAAUGUAACAGGAUGGUCAGGAACUACAUUUAUGGUAUAUAAUUAAUUAAUAUUAAUGUUAGUUUUGGAAAGCGAUGACUACUUAUGUGACUGCAACGUAUUUUUUAGUUUUAAUUGUUCUAUUAGCAUUUAUAUUAUCAAAUUUAUUAUUGGCUUUGUUUUAUGAGUCAUUUAUGGAAAAAUCUUCGAUAAAAAACUCAUCUAGUAAGGCUAAGAAAUAAGAAUAAGAAAUUGAGGAGGAUUUGAAAAAGAAAAACUAAGAAUAAUUAAUGAAUAGAUUGGCUCUUAUGAGUAGGUAAAAGGGCCAUUUAGUGAGUCACAAUUAAUCUUUUAAUGGUCAAUUAAAUUUUGAAUAAUAAUUUCAGUUUGACUAGACAACCUUAUAACAACCAUAAUAAAAUAGAUUUUUUGAUUCUCUUUCAAAUUCAAAAAAUUUUAACUUUCUUAACAAUUUAUGCAUAAUAUUAUCAGGCUUGGCCAUCAUUAUAGAUUAUAAGGAUAUUUCUAAAAAUGCUUUGGAAUAAUUGCAGGUAGUGGAUUUUUUUUGCAUUAUCUACUCAUUAAUUGAAAUGGCUAUCUUAAUUACAGGGAGAGGGCUCAAAGGAUACUUUUCUAAAGACAUAAAUAAAUUCGAUUUCUUAAUUAUCUCCACUUAAUGGAUCUUAGUUUUUGUUUUAGUUGUAAUAGAUGAACCGUUGAUAAUAAAUCAUAGUGUUUAUGUAACAUUCUUUAAAUCUUUAAAAGUAUUGCGAGUCUUUAGAUUUGUAUACAAUGCUAAACUCUUUUACACAAUAACAUUAUUGAUGAGGUCAUUGGUCUUCACUUUGACUAGACUCAAGAACAUAUUGGCGCUUUGGGCUUGUCUUGUAAUUUUAAUAGCAAUAGUAGGAAAAAGUUUACUUCAGAAUUAAUUAAGAGAAGAAGAAAUGACAAUUUAUUAUGAUGACUUUGGAUCUGCAUUGAUGGCAGCAGUUAAUAUAUUUUAUAAUGAGGAAUGGCAUGUGACUAUGUAUAAAUACGCCAGACAUACUUAUGUUUCAUUUUUCUAUUCAAUUUUGAGUGUUAUUUUGGGAUAGAUAUUUUUCAUUAGAUUAUUGAUGGCCGUAUUUUUGAAUGAAUUUGUUCAGCAAUUAUAAAAAGUAGAGAAUGAAUUAAAACCAAUCGAUUUUAAGUAAUUUAUAUUCGAAAUUAUACAAUGUAUGAAAUAAAAAAAUAGUAAAAAUUAGAAAAGAAUAACCAAUUAUCAAACUUAAAAGUCAGAUGAAAAGAAUUAAUUAGAAGAAUAAAUUAAUAAAAAAGAUAAAAAAGGAACUAGAAAAGAGAAUAAGUCAAACUCAAUCAUCAACAACAAUAUUCCCCAACAAGAACUUGAAGAACUAUAAAAUUGGUUAUAAGUAGAUUAACAAAAAUAAGAAUAGCAAGAAAUCAAAUCAAAUUAAAGUAACAACAAUAAUUAAAAUGAAAAGGAAAACCCUUCUAAUUUGAAUUCAACUAAUAGCAACAAUAAAAGAUAGAAAAUUCAGUAGAUAGUUGAUUCAUUCAUUUUCCAAUUAUUCUGCUUGUUAGUAGUUCUUGCUAGUACAAUAAGAAUUGGAAUGUCAACCCCAUUUCUUGAUCCAAAUUCGGAUACAAGCUAGAUAUUAAAAAUAGUCAAUAUAGUUACAACGAUACUAUUCAUAAUUUAGAUCAUUCUCAAUGUCAUAGCAAGAGGCUUUAUAUUAGAGGAAGACUCAUACAUUUAAAGAUCCCCUUAUAAUGCGUUAAAUGUAUUAGUAACAUUAGUAGAAAUAGUCAGUCUUUUUCUGCCUUAACAUACAGUUUUUCAUUUUUUUUCAAGUUUGAGAAUUAUUGAAUUUAUAAGAAUAGGAGCACUUUUGAGUUAGAGCAUAAACUAUAUUUCCUAAGCAUUAGUCAAGGCAUUUCAAACUAUGUUACAACUAAGUAUUUUUUGUUUUAUAAUAUUACUAAUAUAUGGUACAUUUGCUACAAAGAUACUUAAAGGAUAAAUGUAUUAUUGUUCAGGUUUUUCAGAAGAGUAGGAGGAAUUAGAGAUAAAUGACAAAUGGGAUUGUAUGGAUAAUGGAGGAUCAUGGGUAAAUAGAAUUUUAGGAUAUGAUAAUAUAUUUGAUAGUGCAUUAACAUUAUUUAUUACUGCAACAACAGAAGCAUGGUUAGAAUUAUUAGUGCAAACUUGGAGUGCCAGAGGGGUGGAUUUAACUCCGGUUAACAAUCAUAACAGAUGGUGGGCUGUCUAUUAUUAAGUAUUUUUCUUUAUUGGGAACAUUUGCAUGCUUAAUAUGUUUAUAAGUUUGGUGGUUGAAACAUACUAGUAGACAAAGAUAAAGGCUCAAGGAGUGUCUGAAUUGAAUAGUAAUUAAAGAGAGUGGCUGUCAAUUAAGGAAAGUAUUAAUCACCUAAAACCAAGAAGAUUAUAUGAGAAACCAAAGACUAAUCUUGGUUUAUUUAUAUAUAGCAUAGCAGAAAGUAGAAUCACAAAAUACUUUUGGCAUGCUCUCAUUUUGUUAAAUACUUUUACUCUUGCAUUAUAUUAUAAUAGACAAGACAAACAAUUUUCUGAUGCAUUAGAUUAUAUCAAUCUUAUUUGCACAUUGGCCUUUACGGUAGAAGUACUAUCAAGAGUGAUUGCUAAGUUCCCUAACAUUUUAGAUAGAGAUCCUUUCAUAAUAGUGGAUGUGAUAGGUAUUAUCAUUAAUCUUGUAAAUUAAUUCAGUAUAUCACAAAUGAAUGAUGAAUUCUAUCUUCAGAGAGGAUUCGAAGCACUAUCUGUAGGAUUUCAAUUAUUGCGAAAUUACUACAUCAUAAAGUAUUUGUUAUUUUUAAAUAUUUAGACGAUUUCCAGAAUUAGAAAAACUGUUUUACACUAUAUUUUCUGUUGUUCCUUCAGCUUUAUCAAUGUUGUUCAUAAUGUUCAUAUUCUUAUUCAUUUUUGCUUGUUUAGGGAUGGAUCUAUUUGGUUAUUUGAGACCCUAAGCGAAGAUGGAGGGAUUCGAUUUACAUUUUAAGAAAUUUACUACUGCAAUGUUUUCGCUGAUAAGAGUGGCUAGUUCUGAAGAGUGGUGGGCUUUACUGAUUGACUCUGUUCAUGUUCGAACUCCUGAUUUUGCUUGCAUUUAUAUAGAUGGAUAUGAGGAAUUUCAAGAAUAUGGCUAUAAUGGAUGUGGUACUUAUUGGGCAUAUGUGUUCUACGUAUCUUUUCACUUGAUAUUUUCACUUGUGAUAUUAAACUUAUUUAUUGCAUCUAUUUUAGGAGCUUAUGAAGAACAUGCUAAAUAAGAGUAGAGUGCUAUAUCUAAAUAUCAAUUGCAUGAUGUUUUGAAUUACUGGGCUCAAUAUGAUCCUAAUGGCACUGGGUUUUUGAAUUAUAAACAAUUCUGGAAAUUAUCCUCAGAAAUUGCUAUUUGUUUUGGUGUGCCUGUUAAAGAACUUUUAGAUCCUGCAAAUAAGAAGAAUUUUCUCAAAGCUUUGAAUAUCCCAUUAUAUGAAGAUGGUGAAGGAUUGAUUGGUUAUCUCUUUCAUGAUGUCAUCGUGAGUUUAACAAGAUUGUCAGUAGAAUUGAAAUAUGGUGUUCGAGAGUAUAUAUUAUUAUUAAAUUAUCAUAGUUUGGAAUCCGAGGCAUUUAAGGGUAAGGAGUAUGUUCAUCAUUAUUAUAAAAAAUUCAAAAAAAGUCCUUACAAUAGUGGAUAGAUGUCAACUAUGAUAUUUUUACAAGGUAAAGCAAGAAUGCUCAUAAACAAAAGAAAAGGAAUCAAAUUUCUCGAUUUAGGAGCAUUAAAAUAGGAACUUUAGGUCUAAAAUGAAGGUGACAAAUUUGAUAAUUCUUGAAUUAUAAUAAUAAUAAUUAAUAUUGACGA